AUGCCAAGCCACGCUUUCAGACGUCUUCAACCAUCUCAGUUGGCCACGAUAUCCGAAGAUGACAAUGAACAAGAAGAAUGGAUACAAGGGAGGAUUCCUCACUGUCGAGUGAUGCAAGCAGUUGGUUGGCGCAUCGUCGACGACAACCAUGUUCCCUUUCCCACCCACCGCAGCAGUGAUAUGUAUUGUCCCUGGAGCCCAUCGGAGCCAGAGAGACUAACUUCAUGGGAAGCUCAUGCAUGGGUUAUCCAGGAGUUUACCAGCUACCUGGAACUCGUCAAAUCUCACAUAUCCCACGGCUCUCGCGGAUCUAACGGAUCAGACAGCUCUCAUGCAUCUGGCAGUUCUCAGGGACCAAAUGGCCGUCAGCAGUACCGGCGGGUGAACCGGUACCUUGAGGAAACAGUGCCACCACGAGGCCUUCGGUCGCGUUCUCCAAGUGACUCCGAUCCUCCAUCAGAUUCAGAUUCUCCCCCAGGGUCUGGUACUAUGGCCGAAUUUGAUUCUUCCCGAGCACCGACGGCGACUCGAAUGUGGGCGCAUAUCCUCGCCUUGCACCCGAGCCCGAUACACAAAGUUUUGUGGGCAAGGGUCCUCCAAGUAGAUGAAGAAGGCAAGAACGACGAUAUCGAUUCCCUUAUCGAGACUUUCAAGUCUGGUCGCGGAACCCAGGACCAGGAAUCUUCGCAGAAUAACACAAAGCACCAAUCACGCCAAGGCUCGAACGAACCCAACAGCGAGCAGCGCCGUGAAAUGUGCGGAUACAUCCUGGCUCUCAUGGAUGAUAUCCAGUGGCUCAUCCGUAACAUCCGAUACCUCGAUCCAGUUUCCCCAAUAGCAAGAAUGACCGUCUUCAUCUUUGUAACCCAGCGGAUUCCACUAUGGGGAGAUCCCAUCGACGCCUUCCCGACACCCGGGCAUGUCACCAUGUUUGCUGAGAACGGGCCCCGGGCUGUGUCCGAUGAUAUCUGUGAUGCUAUUUUCCAAAAUGUGAUGAGGGAAGGGGGUAUGCCCACUAAGGGGCUCUUGGUCGAGACCUUGAACUUUGUGAUGGAGGUGUUUUCUUAG